AAAAUGGCGAACAAACACAGCAGUUGUGCAUUCAUUUUAUUCAUUGGACAGGCUAGAUACUCUCCGACAGCGGCAGCUGCAGUUUUCACCUGUAAAUGAGGUGCACCUAAGUUUAAGGGGCAGUGGUAAGUUUGCAGCGCUCUCUAGUCAGCUGUUUGCUCAUCGAUACGAUAGUCGGAGGGCAACCCUGGGCACUUUGGCCCUUACCAACACUGCUCUUUAUGUGGGUGCUCGUUGUCGACCUUGUUGCUAGUGCGGCUUCAUUAACAUUUUUCACUUCAUUGGUGUCGCAUUGUGGACGACAGGAAAAAGCACGCCUAUUUUUGUGCACUUUUUUGGUCGGUCGAUAAUGCAAAAGCGUUGUGUCUGAGCCGUCAAGCAGAACAAUAAUAAUAACAAACAGUACAAAUUAGAAAUGGGCCAGAAAGUGUCGCGCAAUGACUUCGAGUGGGUUUAUACGGAAGAGCCGCAUGCCUCGCGCCGCAAAAUCAUCCUCGAGAAAUAUCCGCAAAUCAAGAAACUCUUUGGCCAUGAUCCCAACUUUAAAUGGGUUGCCGGCGCCAUGGUGCUGACACAAAUUCUGGCGCUUUUCGUUGUCAAGGACCUGUCAUGGUUAUGGCUAGUAUUGUUGGCCUAUUGUUUUGGCGGCAUUCUCAAUCACUCGCUUAUGCUGGCGGUACACGAAAUAUCGCAUAAUCUGGCCUUUGGUCACAGCCGACCCAUGCACAAUCGCAUCUUGGGCUUCAUUUGCAAUCUGCCCAUUGGACUGCCCAUGAGUAUAUCCUUUAAGAAAUAUCAUCUGGAGCAUCAUCGGUAUCAAGGCGAUGAAGUGGUUGACACUGAUAUACCCACGCUGCUGGAGGCGAGAUUAUUUGACACAACAUUUGGGAAAUUCCUAUGGGUAUGUCUGCAGCCGUUCUUCUACAUCUUCCGUCCAUUGGUGAUCAAUCCGAAGCCACCGACACGCCUGGAGAUCGUUAAUACGAUCAUCCAGCUGACAUUCAAUGUGGCUGUGGUUUACUUUUUCGGCUGGAAGGCGAUGGCCUAUCUGUUAAUUGGUUCCAUUCUGGCGAUGGGUCUGCAUCCUGUGGCGGGGCACUUUAUAUCGGAGCACUACAUGUUCGCCAAGGGCUUUGAGACGUAUUCGUAUUAUGGACCACUCAAUUGGAUCACCUUCAAUGUUGGCUAUCACAAUGAGCAUCAUGAUUUUCCGGCUGUGCCCGGCUCCCGGCUGCCGGAGGUGAAGCGCAUUGCCAAGGAGUUCUACGAGACGAUGCCACAGCACACCAGCUGGACUCGUGUGCUCUAUGACUUUGUCAUGGAUCCAUCUGUGGGUCCAUAUGCGCGUGUCAAGCGUCGCCAACGUGGACUCGCCUCCUAAAGGCGCACACCCUCCACCCACCCGUCAAAAAAAAGCAGGGUGCUGCAAUGAUGCCAUGAUUUUACUAGCGAGUUUCCGUGCAUUAUGUAAUCUCAGUGUUUAGAUGUAGAACGUACAACAAACAGAAAAGCAACACACAGCGGCUUCUUUCUUCAGUUUGUUUUCCAAUUGUCAAUAUCAUGGGGGGAAUUUGAUAAGCAACUUAUUUUAAGUAAUAUUUCUAGCACUUGUGGAGCUUUAGUUGGCAAUUGACAAUUGACAAUUGACAAUUGUUAAGCUUUACCAUCAAAUUAUUAUUGUUACCUCAAUCACAUUACUACAGAGGGCAUGUUAAAUUUAGUAUGUAAAUCGUGUCCUAUAUUACAUAAACAAAAUGAGUUUUAGUAUUUUCUAAAUAUGUAUGUAUAUUUAUUAAUUGUCGCCUAAUGCAACAACAACAACAACAAAACUAUUUUUGAUAGCCUCUUGUAACUGAUACAUUUAUCUAAAUACCAAAAAACGAACGCCACACGGCUCUAGUUCUAAAAUCAAAAUCAAAAAAGCAAACCAAUUGUGUACUAUACUCGUAUUCGUAUGUAAUAAAAACAAAACAAUUAAGUAAAAAAAAAAUACAAAAUCCUCAUAUUUAUUUU